AUGCUUUCUUUGGUUCGGUGGCUCGUUUAUAGUGGCUGUGCUCAGUUAGGCGUAGCAGCCAGAGCGCCGCAGCCGAGAGAUUGUCGCAAUAGUCCAACCAGUCGGAAUUGCUGGAGAGACGGAUUUGACAUUCUGACCGACUACACCGAUAUCACACAGAUCCCACCGGGAAAGCUGGUUGAGUACAACCUUACUCUCAGCCAACAAGUCAUUUCGCCCGAUGGAUACGAAAAACUGGGAAUGGUGGUGAAUGGGCAGGUUCCCGGCCGUGCGAUCGAAGCAGAUUGGGGAGACAUGCUUCGCGUCCAUGUGCACAACAACUUGACCCUGAACCACAACGGGACCGUGAUUCACUGGCAUGGAAUCCGGCAACUUGGGACGAAUUUCCAGGACGGUGUCCCCGGGGUCACGCAAUGUCCUAGCAAGCCAGGCGAAACGCAGGUCUACGAGUUCCGACUCAUGCAGUACGGAACCUCCUGGUAUCAUGGACAUCUCAGUCUGCAGUAUGAGGACCUGGGGCCAUGGGUCCUCCAUGACUGGUACCACGACGACGUGUUCUCCUUACUAUGGGUCGGAGAGGCGCAUAAUUCGACUCGUGGCGCGAUUAUGGAGACUACCGUCUUGAAUGGACGGGGCAAAUUCGACUGCGAUCCCCGCAACAACACGCGCUGCACCGGCACCGGAGGAGACACUUUCGCGGUGAUGUUUACGCGGGGAGUGAAGUACAAGUUCACGCUGAUCAACGCGGGGAGCCUGCUAGAAUACUCAUUCUGGAUUGACGGGCACAACCUGACGAUCAUCGCGGUGGACUUCGUCCCCAUCGAACCAUAUGUCACGGACGCGGUGAACGUGGCGUUGGGCCAACGGUACGAGGUCGUGUACUGCGACGAGGUCAACCUGCUGCCCAAGUCCGUGGGGAUUGUCCGCUACGACGCCGAGGACCGCCAGGAGCCCUGGACCCCGCCCAGCGAACAGCAUCGGGAUCUGGGAUGCAGUGACCCCGAUCCGAGCCACCUCGUGCCAGUCGUGCGCCAGUCCGUCGGGCACGCGGCGAACCGCCUGGAGAUGAGCGACUAUCUGCGCACCGGACAGCAGGGCUGGCCCAACCCACUGAAUUUCGACAGCGGCCUCCAUAAAUGGGUGCUGGGGGACGUCCCCUUGUUCCUCAAUUGGUCAGAGCCAAGCCUCCAGAAGCUAGUCCUGGAGGCGAACGCCAGCUUCCCCCCGGAGACGGUGCCCAUCCGCCUGAAUUACGACACCGGCGACUGGGUCGACUUCAUCAUCACCAACAACUAUACCUGGGAGAAGAUCCAAUUUCCGCGGAACCUGACCCCUGUCAUGCACCCCAUGCAUCUGCACGGCCAUGACUUUGCCAGUCUGGCCCAGGGGCUGGGCGAGUUCGAUCCGAGCAUUGUCCCGAACCUGGAGAAACCCACCCGCCGCGACGUCGUCAACGUCGACAUCGGCGGUUAUGUCUGGAUCGCCUUCCGGAUUGACAAUCCGGGGGCAUGGUUGUUACAUUGCCACAUCGCCUUUCACGUUAGUAGUGGGCUCGGUCUGCAGUUUCUGGAGCAGCCCAGAAAGGUCAAGCCACUCAUGGAGGCUGCUGGGGCGCUGAGGGGACUUCAGGAUCAAUGCCGCGCGUGGUCGAAGCAAUACGCCGCCGUGAACGUCCCUAACAACAACACCAUAGAUGAUUCGGGAAUAUGA